GUGACAAUCCAGAGUUUAUCCGAUAGGACCAAGUGAUUCCUACUGCAUACUCCAUUGGGUUCUCUUCUUCUAGACUAUGAUGGACAGGCUGUGAUGAAUCACCACUCGUAGGUAAGUAAACUGGAUCGACUAUCACGUUAUGAGACAUAGGAAAAAUGGAUGUUUGUUACGAGGGCAUUGAGCCAUGUAGCACACUUGCAAUAAUUUUUCGUAACUCAUCAAUGCAUCUGAUACAUUCAUUCCAAAGAUGGUGCGUCAUAACAGUACUUCAUGCCAUAAAAAGCUUCAUUCAUUGCUUUUUCAUUCAUAACUUUUUUUGCAGUGCAAAGUGAGUUGAUUGCCUAAUACUAACAGUGUUAAAGGGGUUUUCGUUUGCCUCGUAUUUUUCUCACUCUUUUUCUAGUUUUUUCCUGUAUCAUGGAUAAUAUUCCAAUUUUAGAUCCAUAUUCGGUCUCAAGUCAUCGUACCAGUAGUACUAGUUCCGUGGAGGAUAGUCUUGGGCAUUUAAGACCUGCCAGUCUGAGAAUGGAAAGGCAUCUAUCACUUCCUGACGUUUCGCCUGCCCCUUAUACAAUGACCCCUCAUCGCUUUGCUACUCCAUGUACUCCGUCUGUAUUUACUUUUGAUACUAUUCCCGAAACGAAUACUUGUACUACGCCAUAUUCGUAUCGUUCUCACGAUUAUAUGGGUAGAGAUUCUGAGGGCCAGUUUUUCAAUCGAUUCAAUGACUCCUAUCUCGGCCAAGAAUCCGUGGAUCCUUUUUACCACUCCGAUCCACGAAAACGUGCCUAUUACUCGGAUGCAAAUUUCUCUCGUGACGGGGAUUUCUUUCAGGAUCGUUCUCCCAUGCUGCUCACGCCUCGUCGUUCCAGCCUGCAAGGCGACGAUCUGUUUGCCUCCAAUUUUCCCAUUUUCCCCCGCGCGUAUUCCACAUCCCCUGCCUUCCAUCGCACUCUCCACCAAGACCCUCCUUCUCUCCCUUCUGCUUCCACGCUCUCUACGCGUCCUCCCGCCUCUCCGGUGUCUCUGACCAAUCCUCCGCUUUCCCCCCACGCCCUCAAGCCUGCUUCCGUUUCCACGGCCGUCGCAGCGCCCCUCGCUUCCGCCCCCACUCCGACAAAGCCGCGCAAGCUUCACUCGCGCGCCGGCUCUCCGAACAAGCCGAACAUCACGGACCCUGCGAACCGCGUGGUGCUGGAGAACGUGCGAAGCGGGAAGGACCGUCGAACCACUUUGAUGAUCAAGAACAUCCCCAAUGCGUAG